AAGUGGGAGGUGUUCCCGGGCCGCAACCGCUUCUACUGCGGCGGCCGCCUCAUGCUGGCCGGCCACGGCGGCGUCUUCGCGCUCACGCUGCUGCUCAUCCUCACCACCACCGGCCUCUUCUUCGUCUUCGACUGUCCCUACCUGGCCCGCGAAUUGACCCUUGCCAUCCCUGUCAUCGCUGCCAUCCUCUUCUUCUUCGUCAUGAGCUGCCUGCUACAGACGAGUUUCACCGACCCUGGGAUCCUGCCCCGAGCCACUGUCUGUGAAGCAGCUGCUCUGGAGAAACAGAUCGACAACACAGGCAGUUCUACAUACCGGCCACCCCCUCGGACCCGGGAGGUGAUGAUCAAUGGGCAGAUGGUGAAGCUGAAGUACUGCUUCACCUGCAAGAUGUUUCGGCCACCCCGGACCUCACACUGCAGUGUGUGCGACAACUGUGUGGAACGGUUUGACCAUCACUGCCCCUGGGUGGGCAACUGUGUGGGGAGACGGAACUACCGCUUCUUCUACGCAUUUAUUCUCUCCCUCUCAUUCCUGACGGCCUUCAUCUUUGCCUGUGUGGUCACCCACCUGACACUGCGCUCUCAGGAAAACAACUUCCUCUCCACUCUGAAGGAGACACCAGCAAGCGUGCUGGAGUUGGUGAUCUGCUUCUUCUCCAUCUGGUCCAUCCUGGGCCUCUCAGGGUUUCACACUUACCUCGUCGCCUCCAAUCUGACAACUAAUGAAGAUAUCAAAGGCUCGUGGUCCAGCAAGAGGGGUGGUGAGGCCUCUGUCAACCCCUACAGCCAUAAAAGUAUUAUCACCAACUGCUGUGCUGUGCUCUGCGGCCCCCUACCUCCCAGCCUAAUUGACCGGAGGGGAUUUGUGCAGUCCGACACCGUUUUGCCCUCGCCCAUCAGAAGUGAUGAGCCAGCUUGCAGAGCCAAGCCCGACGCCAACAUGGUAGGAGGCCACCCCUGAUCAGGGCUCAGUACUUGCCACCUGCUGGCCUGUCUGCCCCUCUGCACUCACCUGCCGCCCUCCACACCUGCCAGGACCCUACCCAUUCCAUCUGAGGGAAGCAGAGCUGCCAAAGACUCAAGUCUAUUCGUAUUUAUUUCCCACCCUGCGUGGCUUUCCCCACAUUGUUCCGUGGCUGUACCCUCUGCUCCCCAAACCCAGGUUCUGUCAGCCUUGGGCCCCAGCUGAUCAGUGACAGGGGAGGCCAGAGCCUCUGGAGGCCACCCAGGGGACCAUGCCAAGUCUCUGCCUGUGUCAGGGCAAGCCCUGUGUGAGUGAGGGUGUGAACUGAGUGUGAAGCCUCCCAGCUGGGGGAAACUGCUUUGGCCUUGCUCAGCCAGGGUCCUCAGGGUGAGACAGGACUGGUGAGCAGUCAGCUCUGGACAACAGGCUGUGGGAGAAGAAGCCUCAGUGGGCUGCUUUGGUGUGUGGGCUCCUUCAUUCUCUUGGUGAUGAUCCUUGUUCUUUCUUCCCUGGGGUUUUUUGAUAGGGUUUUUUUUUUUUUUUUUCUGGUGGAGUUGGCUAAUAGGAUUAGAGCUGGGUUCCAGUAGAGAGGGCAGGGCUCGUGAGGGGUAGGGGCAGUCUGUGUUGAAGGAAGUUGAAUCAGCCAGCCAGGCACCCAGAACCUCAGUUCCUUCUGCGAUUCCUGGGCAGCGCAGUAAGGAAGUAGUGGCCUUGUCUUCCCCCCUGCCCAUGGAGGGCUCUAAGGAAUCCUGGCUUGCCCCUGACCUCUUUCUGAAGUCAGGUCUGGGGAUGGGCAAGUUGUCCUCAUGCUGGCAAUACUUGAAACGGGUUUAUUAAUGCUGGGUAUUUUGCACAAUUUUAUAGACCUCUUUUCUACAUAGUUUUUUUUAAAUGGAAGAAGAAGAAAACGUCAGCUACAUUGCUAUCUGUGUAGUGCCAGGUAAAGGGUUAUCAGAAGGCUAGUUGAUUUUAGUAAGCUUAUUACAAGAGCCCUUCUGGCUGUGAGUGAGUGAGUGAGUGAGUGUGUGUGUGUGUUCAUGUGUGCCCUGUGUGAAUGUGGCUGGCUCCCAUAUCCCCUGGGCUGUCCCCUCCCCCAUUCCCCUUGGGUAUCAGGGAGCAGCCUGAGCCAUGGGGACGGGGAGCACAUGCAUGGUUUACAAGAAACCUCCGGGCUUCCGCUGGGGCUCAGCCCCCAUCCUAUUAUCCUUCCUUCCUCCAUGGACUUCAGACAAGCAGUGGCUGGGAACUCUGCCACCGCACCCCUCCACCCAGCCCCCAGGUUAGGCUUCCAGCUGGGACCUGCCCAGACAGGCUGAGGCUGGGUGUGGUGGGUGGGGUGGUGGCUAUGGGGAGCGGCCACCAUCCUAUAGUCCACACCCUCUUCUCCAAGCUCUGAGUAUGGAACCCAAUGCCAAGCACUUAGAGGACAAGGUAUUUCAGGAAGAAGCCCAGAGUGGGCCAAGAGACAAGUGAAGAUUGGCCUAAGGCUGGGUCAGAAACUGAGAGGAUAGCUUUCCUCUGCUGGGAGUUGUAGUUUUGUUUUUUUUUUAAAUUAAUAUAGAUAUUGUCCUUCCAUCCCCCUCCUUGGCCCUUCACAUGGGCUAAAGCCCUUGGAAAGUGACAUAGGAAGUCUCUGAAUCUUCCCUUCCUUACUCCAGAGACUAGUGGUUGCAAAGAGAGCUGGGGAUGGGCAGCCACAGAGGGUCCCCAGUGGGAAAAACAGCUUUGCCACAGCCUCAGGGCCCUGAGCCAUUGCUGUAGUGACCUUAGGAAGUGGGGAGGAAGCUGGCUAGAGGAGGGGGCUCCCACUUGCCUUUUAUUUAAGCCAGUAUUCUUUGUUCCUGCUUGUAAUAAAACUUUUGUUUUUAAGAGUU